AAUUAAAGACGACUGUUUAACUCUUUCUCUCCAUAAUUAUUUACCAGAUUCUGGUGGAAUCAACGCUGGUAUCGUCAGUUAGGAGAGAAAGAGUUAAGAAAAAAAUAGAAUAUUACUAUAGAUAUUUCUGUUGAUUUUUUUAUUUGUCAACUGUGACUGAUAUUAUAAGUACUAAAUGGAGAAAAUGGAUAGUCUGUGAAUCAAGAAAUCCAAUUUAGAAGUUGAAAAGACAGAAGUUUACAGUAACUGAGUGUUCGUAUUGUCUCCCUUCUUAGCAGAUUUUCGCCAACACCUGGCCACUGUUGGCUCAGAAAAAACUCGGAUAUGUGGACAUCAAAGCACUGGACAUUGAUGCUGACUGCUGGGAUGACAUAGCCCUAGACCGCACUAUGUGGAGAGAUUAACCAUAGUCUUUCUACGACUGAAGCAGGCCAACUAUCAAGAUGGCACCCAAUAUAACCAUCACCACUGGUAUUAUCAGUUCCAUAGCAAGUCUAUGGGAAGACCAGGAACUUGCCGACUUUACGGUACUCAUUGAGGAUAAGAUAGUUACUUGCCACCGCUUUAUUCUAAGUGCCUGCUCUAACUUUUUCGGAGCCUUGUUCAAAACAGAGAUGAAAGAAAAAAGUAACAAAUCCGUCAGGCUGCAGGACAUAACUCCAAAAACGUUUGAAAUCAUUUUAAAAAUGUUAUACUCAGGUGAGAACUUGGUCAAUGCUGACAAUAUUGUCAGUGUAUGGCGAGGAGUUCAUCAGCUCCAGAUUCCUUUUCUUAUAGAACACUGCGAGAAAUUUGUCUCGAGCAUUUUGUCAUUUUAUAAUUACGUCAAUUUCUAUAGGAUGGCCAAACUACUUGAUUCAAAAUGUGUUUUGGAAGAAGUGAAAAGGUUUAUGCUUAAAUAUUUUACGGAUGUGAAAAAUGAAGCAUUCUUUCUAGAACUGACAGCGAAGGAGUUAAUGGAGUUGAUAGAAAAUGAUGCUUUAGUGGUUGAUUCUGAGGAUGAUGUUCUAUUUGCAAUUUUUAAAUGGGUAGAAGGAGAAGAUCUUCAAACAGCUGCGGGUAGGAACAUUGUACAGGAAAAGACAGAAGGUAUAUACGACUUACAAGAACAUGACCAUUUAAGUUUAACUGGGUAUAAAGUCGCGCCUGAAGCUGGAGAGGAAGAUGUAAUAUCGGAAUGUGUGGCGAGUAAUGACAUCAAGGAUGUCCAGACUCAGGUAGAUGUCCAUAUUGCUGAACCCCCAGUAGAUGUUAAUGAUGUUCCGAGAUGGAAAAAUAAAUGUGCUUAUCUUUCAGACUUAUUGAAGGCCUCCAGAGCGUGUCUAGCCAGCCCUUACUGCCUGCAAGUCAUCUACAACCACAGAUUAACGCAGCGCGACGAAGAAGCUCGAAAAGAAAUUUUCAACGCCACCCUGCACCAAAUAAACCGCUUCCGCCACGGCUACUUCCCAGCUGCGGCAGUGAGGAGAGACUGUGAUGAGUACGAGCACGUUGGAGUCAUAGCCUACGACUCGGGAUCUUUUCAAGCUUUGUCACUGAGGCGUAACAAACUUUACCCGAUGCCGCCGUGCCCAGAGGUCAAAUAUAACCUUAAAAUUGCUUUGUUCGACCAGGACAUCUUCGUGGUUGGUCCUGCGGAUGAUUCUCAUAGCAAGCUCUGUCUGCUGAAAGAGAACGCCUGGGUUGUCAUCUCGACGCUACUAGGAUCGAAGUAUCACUUGCUGUCUCACGAACAGUAUCUUUACAUAUUCAAUUCCACCAAUGGACAAGCCCUGCGAAUGAAACCUAAAGGCUAUACUAAGAUUCUCGAGUCGAUGGAAAUCCCUGAAUAUAUCGUAAAUUCAGAGUUGGCAGUAAGUUUUGAGAAUUUCAUUGUUCUAUUCUCAAAUGGUUCACUUAAUGGGAAAGACGAGACGUUUGCUCAUUGUAUGGAUACUAGGACAGAAAAAUGGUAUCGUCUUAAAAGUCUUAUGGGACCAGCUCAAAAAAUGGCAAGCUUCCGAGAUGGAGACAAAAUGUAUGUAUUACAAGUCAACGGAAAUUUAUGGAGACUCGGCCUCAACGAGUCAGCAAUGAUACAAUUUACAUUUGUGGAGAAAUUGUGGAACUCCAAGGAGAGUUUAAGGGGAGCUCUUCUAUUUCGUGGCAAACUUUUUCUGUAUCUGAAGUUACCCAGAGAGAACUAUUAUGAAAAAAUUCUGCCCUGUAUACCAGAUGUGUACAGUUGUGUACAGACCUGGGCCAGACACGGCUAUGCCUCUAAUUUCAUCUUGACCAUCAGACACAACCUAGAUAUGGUGGAGCCAUAUUUAGCUUUUGAAAUAACCGAUGAAAAAUUAGAAGCCUUCCAAGAGAUCGUCUGCUCGGUCAGAGAAUUGUGUAACGAAACAUUCGUCCAGGACCUUCUGGUCGAGGUGAACGGGAAAACCUUCAACUGCAACAAAUUUUACAUGGCCACAUUCUCGUAUUUUUUCCGAGGCAUAGGAAGGUGCGAGAUGAAAGAGAGCAAGUCGGGGAAGGUCGUGCUGACCAAUAUGUCCCCGGAGACCUUUGACCUCAUCCUGCAAAUGCUGAAGACUCACGAGAGCUUGCUGACAGAUGAAAACACCUUUGAAGUCUGGCAGGCAGCCAAUUUCCUUCAGAUCCCGCUCCUGAUCAGACACUGCGAGAGGAGGAUUAAAACGAUGCUCUCUCUGGACACAUUUGAAUUGAUCUAUAAGCACGCCCAUCUCUACAACUCGGUCAGAAUUCGAGAAAAGGUCAUGCAGUACAUGCAGAAGGAAUUUGAGAGCCUCUGUAAAAACGACUUGUUUUCCUUCGUCGCAUUCGAAGAUUUUCUGCAAGUAGUCGAAAGUGAUGAACUAGAUGUCCGCGACGAGGAUAUUGUCCUGCGGGCUAUUUUUAGAUGGGCGGAGCAGGCUGCGGAUUCGGAAACGCAGAGGGAGGAGGCAGAGAGCAAUGAAAACGAUGUCGAGCCAUCGACCAAACGACAUUGCACGGAUGGCAAGAACGGUGACGGGUCUGCACGUGUCAAACCGUCGAAGCUCUGCAAGCUUUUAUUAGCCUCGAGGUAUGGCAUUGCAAGCCAUGUUUGUAUAAUGGAGUUAUCAAAACAUCCUCUGUUGCAGAAGGACGAAGAAGCCACGCAGAUCAUUAAUGAAGCACUUGUGUACAACACAGAAAGAACGUGCCACGGAUAUUGGCCUCCCUUCGCUCUUCACAGAGAGCUGAGCGGUACCGCCUAUGUUGGCGUAACAGCGAAUAACUUUAAAGUCAGUGCUCUGGACCUCCUGAGUAAAACUUGGACAGAUCUUCCCAGGUGCCCGAUAAUGGCUGCCAAAAGUGUAACCGUGUUUAAAGAUCAGCUCUAUGCAGUUGGCCGCCUGGGCGACACAACCACAAGUAGUCUUUAUGUGUUUAAGAUUAACAGUUGGAAAUUGGUAGACCUUUUACCCGGGGAGGACAUUUUUAUGGUCUCAAAAGGGCACUACAUAUACACCAUUGACCGGAAGAGCAGUCGCGUGCAUUGUGUGAUGCCCACCGGCGAUUCAGUCUUUCGUGAUGAGAUAGAGACCAAGGGGAAGUUGCAAAAUCCAGAAAGCGCGAUAGACUUCAAUAGGAACAUUCUGAUUUUCUGUAGGUCCACAUCCGAUGACCGCAUCAAAAAGGAGGAGGAAACGGCUAUAGUGUAUUGCUUAUCACUACCAACUAACCAGUGGUCACACUGUGGACAUCUCCAAGGUCCAGCCAAAAACUUAGUUUCUUUCAGAAAUGGAGCCAGCCAUUACAUACUGCUAAGAAAUGGGUCCUUGUGGCAGGUGGUGGGGGGUCAUGUCAAGAAUCCAGAGUUCAUCUUUAUUAAAAAUCUGUGGUCAUUUGAAGACUCGCUAAAGGGCGCCUUUAUCCAUAAGGACGUCCUGUACCUCUUUGGAAGCGUCGCCACCGAGAGUUCCAACCUCACUGGCGUACCUGGAGUCUUCGAAAAGGUCAGAUGUCAUGGAAUUGGCAAUCAAAACCGAGUUAAAUUAGCUAUGAACCAACGCAUACAUGCUGUGGAGGAGAGAAUCACCUACAUUGACAAACAGAUGAAUCAGAGGGUCGAUGCAGUGGAAGAAAGAGAAGUCUGCAUUGUGGCUGAAGCUAUUGCUGUACCUGUUAUGAAAACCACUACGAGCAAAACAGUAACCCUCGCAAUAAUGUCCUUUGAAAAACAGAAAUCCAAACUGAAAUCUUUGGUUGGUGAUUCCAGUGUUGAUUUGAUCAAGCCAGAAGAAAAUGGUGCAGAUUUGGAUCAGGUGUUAACUGACCGGAACAUUGUUAACUAUAAAACUGAAGAUAGAAAUACAUUUAGCGGUAUCAAUAUGAAAUCAUCUUUUGAGGAAACAUCCACUAAAUUAGGGAGGAGUUUAUUGACAACCAAAACUGCUGAUGUGUCCACAUCUGGUCUGGUUGAGAAAAAAGAUUGCAAAGAGUCAAAGCCAAGCUGCUCGAAUUGUAAUUUUACUGGGAAACUCCACUCUGACUUACAAAGGCAUAUGUUGGAGCAUAAGAAAAAUGAGAUUGCAUGUGAACACUGUGGGCUUAAGUGUGCUAGUGAGGACACACUGAUUGCUCACAUGUCCCUGCACUCUGACAACAAGCCUUUUGAAUGCUUGGUCUGCGGCAGUACCUUCCAGCGUGUGUCCAGUCUCCGUCAGCACAUGCUAUUGCACACCAAUUAUAGGGAUAGAUCCUGCGAUGUGUGUGAGAUUAUCUGUGAGACUCAGGAACAGCUUCAGCUCCACAUGAAGACCCAUGAGAAUGAGGAUUUUCUUACUUGUGUCAUGUGUGGUCUAAAGUGUGUCAGCGAAGCACAACUCUUGAAACACUCAAGGGAUCACGAGGAAGACGGCAAGAGUUUGCAUUGUCCAUCCUGCUCAAAAUUGUGUCAUUCGCUUUCAGAGUUUCGGCAGCACAUUCUUGUUCACAACGGCCUGAAAUCCUUUACUUGCAAACAUUGUGCUCUGGCAUGUUCAACAAAAACGGAGCUGAAUAACCACCUGCUAACUCAUACAGAAUUGAAUCCUUUCACUUGUUCGUUGUGUGAUUUCGCCUGUCGUUCCAAAGUCUUGUUAAUCAAUCACACCAUCUCUCACAUGAAUGAUGAGGAUUACACAAGUGAAAGAUUUAGUUUGGGAAAUUAUUCUAAAGAUUUCAAAGCUGAAAACUCAACAAUGAAUAAUUUCCUACAUGGUCUGGAAAAUGAGAUUAACAGUCAGUUUAAGCAAGAUGCAGCUCCAGGGGGAAAAAAUAUUAAAAAUAUCUACACAUCAUUGAUGAGUUUAUCAUCAUCAAGCAAAAAGUCUAACGUUGUUUUGGAUGAAAGCCUAGAUGUCAUUAAUGGUCACAGUGAAGCAAGUGAACUAAAUAAUUGCACGAAAAGUUCCACUUCUUAUAAAAAAAGCAAGAAUACUAUGACCAGUGGAACUGCUGACAAUGUGCAAGAAAACAAUGUUAAGAAAAAUGCAAUAAAAAUUGUGAGAGAUACCUAUCAAUCUAAUGGUAGUGCAACUUUAAGUAGAAAUCAGUAUUUGCCAAGUAUUUCGAAAUGUAAAGAUAGUGUAAAUCAAAACAAGAUUCUUGAUGUGGACAUAAAAGAAGAGCCUUCUUCUGACAAUGAGUGUGACUUCCUCUCAAGCGAGACUUCCGAAAGUCAAAGUUUCCUUUGCAAGCUUUGUAAGUUUGUCUCCCAGAGCAGUCGACUUUUAGACGAGCACUUGAAAACACACGUUGAGGCUUAUGACUGUGAUUCUAUUUUGCCCUCUAAAGUAAAGCUGAACGAACAUUCCAGAAAGCUCUCCAUGGAUGUUACAAGUAUCCACACCUUUCGUUGUGAGUUUUGUAAUUACAACUCAAAAACUGAAGGGGAUUUAAAGCAACAUCUGCUGGUGCACCUUAACAGCCAACAAUUUUCUUGCCCUCAGUGUUCAUACAUUUGCACAAAGCAGUCAGAACUGGACGAACACAAGCUCACCCACAUCAAUGGCAAACCUUUUUCUUGUGUCUACUGCAAGUAUAUGUGUGGGAGUCAGAAGUUGCUAGAUAACCACAUGAAAGAGCACCUGAAUGAAAAAGUGCACCUGUGUCCACACUGUGAUUAUCAAUUCCCUAACCGAACACUCUUGAAAAAACACCUCCAGCAGAAUCAUGUGAACAAGAGGCCUUACGCUUGUGAUUUGUGCCCCUUUACCUGCUGGUUAAAUUCAGAUCUGAAGAAACACCAGUGGAUUCACAACGGGAUCAAGCCAUACCAGUGCGACCAGUGUGACUACAGGUGCCGCAGGGGGAAUCGACUGCGUGAACAUAUGAUGAUUCACAAGAAUGCUAAGCCUUUUAUAUGCUCUAUCUGCAGCCAUCCUUGCAGGACCAGUCAUCACUUAAAAAAGCAUAUGCAGCUGCAUAAUGACCCCAGUCCAGGGCAUCAAAAUAUCCAGGCUACCAGUAAUGAGCAGACAAGCAAUGAUGUAGAUGAAAUUUCAGACAACCUACCAGUUUUUUUCGAAGAAUCUGAAAGCUCAACUGAGCCAGCACCUAUUUCUAAGACAAUGGAUGUCCUGAAAAAAAAUGGUUUUCCUGUGGAGCAGUAUCAACGUAAGAGGUACCUCCGAGGCCCCAAACAGUUUACUUGCACUGUAUGCCCGUACGUGAGCAAAAAGCUAUCUCAUCUAAAGAGACACAUGUAUUGUCACACCACCGAGCGGCCCUUUAAAUGUGGGCACUGUGAGUACACCAGCAAGACAGAGGAAAACUUGAGAAGGCAUAUGAAACGUCACUCUGGGACUAAGCCUUUGAUCUGCAAGCUGUGCAGCUACAGCUGUUUUGAGCUGGGGGACAUGAACCAGCACCUGCUUAUUCACACAGACUUCAAAGCCUUCAAGUGCCCUCUGUGUGACUAUUCAGCUAGAAAGAAGUACCAUCUGAAUGAGCACAUUCUGAGCCACUCCAACACCAAGUCUUUUCUCUGCUCAGAGUGUGGCGAUUCCUUCCGGUCGAAUUCAAAACUUCGUGAGCACAUGUUUUACCACACUGCAGAAAAAAACAUUGCAUGCCCGCAUUGUUCGUUCGAGUGUCGUCGCCAGAGUGAGCUCACUAAGCACCUCAGAAAGCAUGUCAAUAACCAGGGGGUGGCAUUUUGUGACUCUCAAGAACAGAGACCUUAUGUUUGUUCGGUGUGUGGAUUCUCUUGCAAAUUUUACUCAGCAUUAAAGCACCACAUGGUCGUCCAUUCGGAUGAAAAACCUUAUUCAUGUCCACAUUGUCCAUUUCAGAGCCGCACAAACAGCCAACUUAAAAUUCAUGUGAAGCGGCACGUGGAGGGUAAGCCGUUCUCGUGCCAGUACUGUCCCUUCACAUGUAAACACGAGUCAAGCCUUCGUCGCCAUCGCCUCCAGCAUGUUUGCCUUAAACCUAUCCAGUGUGACCUUUGUGAUUAUACUUGUGUCAGAAACUAUGACCUGAAACGCCAUCUGCAGAACAAACAUAAACUCUCCAACAUUCAGGAGAAAGAAGAAUGCCAGCCUAGAAAGCAGAGAGAGGCUUCCGGUAGCCCUACAUGGAAGUCUUCAGCAGAAUAUAUGGACAGGUCUCCAACUAUGUUAUCAACAUCCAACAAUCUUUCCAUAGAUAUAUUAGGAACUUCUAUUACUAUAGAUGGUGGACUUCUGAAAGCUUUCAGUACUGAGGAUGUUUAAAAAAAUAACACAGACUUAGUAAUUUGCAUAAUUCUUGUCCAGUUUAUAUAUAUAUAGAACUACAUGUUGGGCAAUAAAGUUUCAUUGAUUGUUGCCCAGAGUCAGGACAGGUUCAAAGCAUUUACCAGAGUUGCCAUAUUUUGAAGUGCUCCAAAUUGCCUUGGGAAAAUUAUUAUGGCAGUAUUUAAAGCAGUCUUCAAAGUCAGCUUAUCUACAUUCUAUCUACAUUCUUAAUGUGCCAGUUUAGCGAUAGAAUUCAUUAUAGCAUGUUCAGACACUCAACACUCAUGCCAAUCACACAGGAUUUAGUCAUGUGAUUCAUUUAGAAGAUUUGAGUGAUAUUCCAUUGACUUCUAGAAGGCCUUCGAGGGACCCAAUAUAAGAGUGAAGGUGUCCACAGUCAAAACAGUUCAGUCCUGUGUAAAGUCAGUCCGGAACAGUUGAACCAAGUGCAAGUCCUGGACGAGGUACAGAGGCCAGUCAAGUUAGAUACAGAGGUAGAAGAGUUGAUAUGGUUAUUAACUGUGAAGCAUUUGUUCAGUCACUGUUGCAUGUUGCCAGUUGUAAAGUAUUGGCUGUGAUUUAUCAGACAAUAAAGUGUUACAUUAUUUUGGAGCCCUGAGUUGAUAGGUGUCCUGUGGUGCAGUUUGCAGAGAGGCUUGAUUGUGAGAGUCAUUACUAUAUAUAUAUAUAUAUUGUUUUCUUUUUGUGGUCCAAAAUGUGUAAAAACAGGAAAUUCAAUGAACUGGAAAUAGUGUACAACACUAUCAUAUUUUUAGUUUCCACAUAAUUUGUAUUUUUGUUGUUAUGAUUGUUCUGCUGUAAACUGUCUUUAAAAUUUACACCAACAAUUUUGUCUAUUUGAGCCUUGUCUCUUUACACUUACAUCUAUUUGUAGCUUUCCUGUAUCUCAAUUUUUCAUUCAAAUAAAAUCAUCAUAUUUUUAAAAUCUAAUUGGUCUUAUAUAUAUAUAUAUAUAUAUAUAUAUAACAUAUAUUAUAUACCAGUAUGUAUGUCAACACAUAAAUGUCUUUAUUUGUAGCGUUUGUUUAAAAAUAAAAAAUUUCAGUAGUUAGUAGAUAUUGAUAGGAUGCAGGCCAUGCACAUUUACUUUAGCUUUAUUAUAAAUUAAUUGUGACAAUAAAAUAAUCAAGAUUUAUACAAAACUUGUAAGAAUAACUUGAACUGACAUUUUAAAAUAGUAACUAACAAACAUCAUUUGGACAACUGUUAGAGAGAAACAUUCGUAAGAAGGCUAACAAGAUUUUGUGAAUUAAAAAACCCCCGAGUGCUAGGAUUUAGAUUUUACCAUCACAUACAAGAUAUAAGAUACCGUUUACAAAAAUAGACUGAUGCAUCAACUCCUUUGUUCCCCUGAUCUAUGGAUGAGAUGUAAACAUUUCCGUUAUAUUUUGAGUUUUCACUAGUAUGAACUUAUAUUUUGUUUCUAUAGUUAUAAUGUAUUUUUUUUAUGCACAACUUGUAAAACCAAUUUCCUCAUGGAUAAUAAAGAUUAUUAUUUUUAUUAUCAUGGAAAUGAAUUCAUUUUCAUUCUCUGGCACUGCCAGGUCGAGCUCUUUAAAGGGAAACAAAAUUCAUUGUCGUCCCUUUAACAGCUUCAUUUUUAGAAAUGUCUGAUGAUGUAGCAGGUCUGCUGCAGUGCUGCCCUUUGACAGGUAAUAAGGAUCCUCUUAGGAAUGCUGAGGGCUUUCAUUGUAAUUAUUCAUUAUUUGUUGUAGUCAGGGCCGGACUUAGGGCACUGCUACCUAUGCGGCCGCAGUGGGCCCCGCGCUAACUCUAAUGAUAAACCAUUUUAACUUAUUAUUUUCCAGGAGCUCAUGGAAAUCUCCCGAAAUUGCAAAGUAUCAGAAAAAAAAGUCAUGAAAAUCUCCUGAAACUACUCAAAUCUCCUGAAAACUCAUAAAAAUGUCCUGAAAAAUAGACUAAAUUGUCAUUUUGGGGUGUUAAUAUGGAAAACGGCAAUACAGCUUGCGAUUAAUAAAAAAAGGCAUUGUCAGCUUUUAUUCAAUAAAAAUGUAAUAAUAAGACCUUAACCAAAACAGGAAGUUCCAUUACUCAAUUUACUUUAAUAGUCAAAGGCAUAUAAGUAGAGAUGUAUAUCUAUCUCGAUCUCUUAAAAAAAAAAUCAAAAGCGAUAUUUUUGAUUUACUAUAUCUAAAAGGCAGAUCUGAAUGUUUAUCGGCUUUUAGUUGGAAAAAUACCAUCUACUGUAGAUGGCUCGUAAAGUUAAUUUGAUCGUCAUUUUGCACUUAGUAAAAUACGAAAAAAUAAA